ACUGAUGACCCUAGAAUGCCUAGCUUUCAAGGGGACUUGAUUCCUAAUCCCUUUCUACUAGCCAAAACAAUGCAGAAGAUGGCUCCGCCCUGCUUACAGACCCUGCUGAGGUGCCGGUCCUUCGCCAUCCUCUUCCUCACGCCGCUGCUGCUUCUGCCGCUGCCGAUCGCUGUGCCGACGAGGGAGGCCAAAUGUGCAUAUAUGAUCAUCAUCAUGGCUGUGUACUGGUGCACUGAAGUGAUCCCACUGGCUGUUACCUCCCUCAUGCCUGUGGUAUUUUUCCCUCUGCUUGGAGUUCUGAGCUCUAAAUUGGUGUGCUUUCAGUACCUAAAUGACACAAGCAUGCUCUUCGUUGGAGGGCUGAUUGUUGCCAUUUCUGUUGAACAUUGGAAUCUUCACAAAAGGAUUGCGCUGAGAGUGCUGCUGAUUCUUGGGGCGAAACCUGCACUCCUCAUGCUGGGAUUUAUGAUUGUCACUGCUUUCCUGUCCAUGUGGAUAAGUAACACAGCCACCACUGCUAUGAUGGUUCCCAUUGUCCAGGCUGUCCUGGAUCAAAUGGACAACACAGAGUAUGAUAUGACCAUGAUGGAACAAGCAACUGGACAAACAAAUAAAGUGAUCGAGCUGGAGGAAAAGAAUGCGUCAGAUCCCACUUCAGCAAAUGUCAUAAGCAGUGGACAAGACCCUGAUGAUGUCAGAUCUGAAGAAAAGAAGAAGAGGAAGCGGAUACGUAAGGGAAUGACACUUUGUAUAUGCUACGCUGCCAGCAUUGGAGGAACUGCAACACUCACUGGAACAGCACCAAACAUGGUAUUGAAAGGCCAGAUGAAUCAGUUAUACCCCAACAAUAACGAUAUUGUGAAUUUUGCUUCCUGGUUUGGGUUUUCAUUCCCAAACAUGAUUCUUAUGCUGGUAUUUGCCUGGCUUUGGUUACAAUGCUCCUUCAUAGGAUUCAACUUUAAGGAAAGCUGGGGCUGUGGAGCAGAGAAAAGUGAUAAAGAAAAAGCGGCAUACAAUGUGCUGAAGACAGAAUUGAAGAAGUUAGGCCCUAUCUCUUAUGCUGAAUUCAAUGUCCUCCUAAUGUUUAUUUCUCUGGUUCUCUUGUGGUUUUCCAGACACCCAGGCUUUGUAAAAGGCUGGGCCGCUGCGCUCUUCCCAGGAGGAGAAAAGUAUAUCACUGAUUCUGCUCCUGCUAUAUUUAUUGCCUUGCUACUCUUUAUCCUUCCUGCUAACAAACCCAAAUUCACAAGCUGGAAUGCAAGCACGUCUGAUCCUGAACAGACUAAAGAAGAUACAAAAAAGCCAUUAGCCCCGCUGCUAGAGUGGAAUGUGGUUCAAAGGAAGAUGCCCUGGAGCGUUGUGCUGCUGCUGGGAGGAGGUUUUGCAUUGGCCGAUGCAAGCGCAAAAUCUGGGCUCUCAGUUUGGCUGGGUCGUCAAAUGACUCCAUUAGGACACAUCCCACCAUGGGCCACUGCAACGGUAAUUUCGCUUACAGUAGCUGUCUUCACAGAAUGCACCAGCAAUGUUGCCACAGCCACCCUCUUCCUACCUGUCUUUGCAUCCAUGGCUACAUCUGUCAAAAUCAAUCCUUUGUAUCUUAUGCUGCCUGGUACUCUUAGUGCUUCGCUUGCCUUCAUGCUACCUGUUGCAACACCACCAAAUGCAAUAGUGUUUUCCUAUGGCCACAUCCAUGUUUUGGAUAUGGUUAAAGCUGGAAUAGUGAUGAACAUUAUUGGAGUCUUCUGUGUCUCAGUGGCCAUCAACACGUGGGGAAGACCUAUGUUUGGGCUGGACACAUUCCCAGCAUGGGCAAACACCACAGUUAUCCCGUGA